AUGGUGUCAAUUGGCUCUUUAACAGAGUCAUCUCUGGGUGGCUCAGCGAAUCUUAUAUUGAUUUAAAAUUCGCACGCAAAGAUUAUAGCACGUGCAUAACACCACUGCGAGUCAUGUUUUCGUUUGUCAUAAAAUUAUUAUUUUAAAUAGUUCAUUUUUGCACUAAGUGAUAUGUAUCGGAGUGGAAGUGUAUUCAUAACUGUCAAUUCGUUGAAAGAUGCUUUCAUUGAGCUCAAUUGGGAUCCCACAACUUCAGAGGAUGGAAGGGGUCCAGAACACAUAGCAUUAUAUAAUUGUGAUAUUAGGAAAACGUCCGUCUGUGAAACCCAUUUAUACGUCAAGAUUAGAGCUAGAGAGCACCCGAAAGGUUAUUACAAGACCCAAAUCAAAUUCAACCUGAGCAAACUUCCCGGCAACUGGUGCUACAAUUCAACCAGUCCAGGCCAUGCUGGUCCACAAGAUCUACCGUAUUGGAUCGUGUCUUUCACAGAAGACCUGCAGAUUAUCGAUAUCCAGUCCAUGAAGAUACAACCGACAUGGAUGGGAGAUCACAGUGACACUCUUGGACACCAGCACAUAGGAAAUCUCAUAAUACCAGGCACUCACAACUCAGCCUGUUGUGUGGGAGCUCCAUUCUUCACCAAAGACUACGUGAUAAAUCAAGAUAGGACCAUUUGGGAACAGUUGGUAUUCGGCAUAAGGUAUCUGGAUCUGCGAAUAGCCUGUUAUUUUGAAGUUGAUGAUAGGCCUGCGUUUCACAUAAACCACGACUUCAUCAGGGUACAGAGGGUUGAGAGGGUAUUCGAAGAGAUAAAGAAAUUCCUGGAGAGGUCGCCGAAAGAAGUGCUUAUAGUCGAUUUCCACCGUUUUCCAAGGCCGAAGAAAUGGCUUGACCAUCUGCAUGAUAUGUUCAUACAUUACACUUUUAACGAGUUGGGUCCAUAUGCCUACGUGAGAAAUGCAUCCGUCCAUCCUAAAGGUCCCACGUUGAAUGAGAUAUGGGCUGCUAGGAAAAACAUAAUUUUUACACACGCUGAGUGGUGUUACACCGAAAAAUAUUUGUGGUUGUGGCCUUCCAUACCACACGCCUGGGCAGACACGACCUGCGUACUCUCCCUCAAGCAAUUCCUGGAGAAUUUCCUGAACAGAGACUCGACGAGGCAGGCCAUGUUCCACGCCAUCAUGGCAGAGCUGACUCCCACCUUCAAAGACGUGCUGUUGAGGAGGAACAAGUUGAGGAAGUUGGCCAACGACGUCAAUCCCAAUUUGACCAGAUGGGUGAAGGAUUGGAACCACAGGGUCAACAUAGUCACCUCGGAUUUUUUCUUGGGGAACGACCUAAUAAACUUAGCGAUCUACAUAAAUAGCAGUAGGUAAUGAAGAAGGAUUUUUAUACCAUAUACACGUGUAAUUUAUACUCACUUGUUGAAUGUGUCGAGGUAAAUUUAAUUUUGUAUUAGAAUGUUGAAACUGUAACCGGAAAUAAAGCACAUUAUUGAUAAAA